GUGUGUGUGCGCGUGUAUAAUAUAAUGUAUUUCGUAUGGUGUAUGCGUAAUUUGUAUCAUGAUAUUCAUAAUAAUUUGCAGGUUCCUUAGACAAUAACAUUAUUAUUAUUAUUAUUAUUAUUAUUAUUAUUAUUGUUAUUUAUUUAUAUUUUUUAUAAUGCAGUAGACUGUACAGUGUAGUGUAAGUCGACGGUGUACGACGGUAUUGAUUCGAUUCGGGUUUUCUUUAAAAUCAUACGACGUCGGUAGUCGAAAAGACCGUCAUUUUGUCUGUAAUAUAACUAGUGGUCGGCCAAAAUACCUAGGCGACGAUGGUUUGGUUUACAUCGUGAUUUCUGAUCAGUACACAAAUCGAAAUUGUCUUUGGUUUACGUUUUGUAUUCAAAAAAAAAUAUAGAAUGGACCUGUGGUCGUUUUAUUUUAACAGUUUGCUGGUACUUUUGUACUCCGGACGAACCACAGCAUACAUUGAAAGUGAGUAAGAUAAUUCUGUCUGGUCCUAAACACAUUAUAACUGGGAACAUAUAGGUAUAAUAUUAGACAGAUACUUGCAUUAGGUAUGUGCAUAUGACACAUGUCCAUAUGUCAGUAGUAUUUGAUUACUUCUUUGUUGCCUUUUUUUUUAGUUUUUAUCUUUUCAUACAAAUCCUACCUGAUCAAAUGCAUAGGCAAUAUUAUUAAACAUUGAAUCAAAUUGCCAUGUAGAUAGAUUUCCUUGUUCGAUCAAGUUUGAUAUGUAUUUACGUACCUACCCAUCCAAUGAAAAAGUUUGGUAAGUAAUUAGAUAUUUUAGGUGACCCACUGCAACUGUUUUUCCAGUUUUUCCUUAUAAUUAAAAAAAAAUACAAUUAUUCUGAAUUUAUUUUGUACACAAAUUGCUGUAAUUACUUUUGAUCAUAUAUUAUUUCCAAUGAACCAAAGUUUACUUGAAAAAAAUAAAAAUGCUUACACUAAAAACAAAAUUGUUUCCAUUAUGCUAUUUUAAAUAAGUAUGCAAAUACUAAUUUUUGUUCAUCUAUUUAUGUAUUACUAGAAUAAAUCAUGUGUUCCUUGUUUAUUGACCCCAAUUGACCAUUUACUCUUGUCUCUUCAUUAGCUAUUCAGUUAUGUGUACAUAUCACAAUGGACAUAAUUUGUUUUUUUUACAAAUGUUUAUGUAUUUAGUUUUUAAUAUUUAUAUAUAUAAUGCUUUAAAACUAUUAUCUAUCCUUUGGUUUUUUUUUUCUAUUUACCCACCUAUAAUUUCUUGUGACCCUUAUAAAAAUAUGAAUGUGUUAGAAAACUAUGUUGAAAUAUUUGAUUAAUUUAUAAUAUUACAAUCGAUUAAGUUUACUUAAUCAAUUCAGUAGCGUAAAAUAGUAAAAAUGUUUGGUGAUGCAGUGAAAUAUUUAAUUUUUCGACAUACCAAUACAUCAACUUUCUUAGUAAAUCCUUGCCUAAUAAAAAAAAUUUAAAUUGUGUAAUUUGAAUAGUAAAAAAUGAAUAAGUUAAUAGGAUUCAUAUAUGAGGUGAGCAUAACAGUGAACACACAAUGCCAGUUAGUUUAAUUCACGUAAUUUAGGUUGAUGUACUCACUCCUUUGUAUGUGCCUUACUAUAACACAUACUAACUAUCCAAUCAUAAAACUAUAUCAUAAAGAAUAUUACAAUUUUUUUGUUUUAAUAUUUAAGUACUUAUAAAAAUAGAAAUUAAAAGUACACAAAAUAUUCUGGUAUUGCAAAAAAACAAGCAUUGCCACAACUGAAAUUUUGUGAUGCUAAUGCUACAUUUGCACCAGCCAAUUUACACUACUGAAUCAAUAGUAUUACCAAUAUUUAUUCAAUUGCCUACCUAUGAAUUUUUGAUGAAACAUUUUGAACAAUUUUAUUUCUCAACAAAUAUUUUUUGAAACGUGAAAAUAAUUUUAUUAAUUUCUAAGUUUUGUUCAUACACCCAUAUAUUAAAAAACAUUUGAAUAACAAUACUAUAAACAAAAAAAUAGGUUUAUUGUAUGGUUAUAAAUCACCACUAAUACAACAUUUCUUUAAAUAGGUAUACAAAUAAAACACAUAAGUAAUACCAAAUUGUUUUUAUUUACAGAAGUAUUGGAAAAUGAUAGUGUUUGUCCAAUGAACUUUUUUACGAGUAAUUUAAACUUAAUUGGUCGUGAAGAUCAGUCAGCCAUGGUGAUAAAAGAUAGCCGUUAUUUUCAACAUUGGACUGGCAAACACGAAUUUAAUUGUCGUUUUACAGUUACUUCCUCACUUGGAUUUGGUAUAUUUGCUGUUAUACAGCAUAUGUCUUUUAGGCGUAAUGCCCAAGGCCAAUGUAUUGAUUAUGUUCAAGUACGUUAUUCUCUUCAAUUGUACACUCAUAUAUUAUUUUAAAGUAAUUUUAUAAUUUGUAUAGUUUCGACACACUGAAAAAACUCUAACUUUUGGUGAAGUAAAUAUAAAGUUUAAAUCGUCUCAACAAUGGGGACCAAAAAUGUGUGGCACUGUGAAUGGAUUCCAAGUUGACGUUAGCGAUGAUGAACUUAAUAACAACAACAACGAUGAUACACAAUUAGAAAAUUCAUUCAUUGAUAUGAGGGGCUUGAUUGAAGUUCGAUUGCAUCUUGGCAACAAAUCUUUAGAUGCCACCGAAGAAUUAAGCUUUGAAAUUGUUUUUACUGCAUUUCAAGGUAUGUUAACUUUGAUUAUUCAACAACAUUAUUUAACUAUACAUUUUAAUUUUAUUAUUUUCCAUGUGUAUGUUUAUUAAUAAUAUCUAUUAGGUAAUUUGUAAUUAUAUAUUUUUGUUAAUUUGAUCCUCAGAGGAAAAUUUUGUUCUUAAUAGAUCUCUACCAAAACAAGUUUGGCCACCCCUGUUCUAAAUAAUCAUUAUAUUAAUUUAGUUUUAAAAAUAUAUAAAUUUUAUUAACAUAAAAUAAAUAAGAUAAAAAAAAAUUCAAAAUAGGUUUCACAUGUAACUCUUCUCUAGCACAUUUGCUUAUUGUUCUAAAUAAGAAUAUAUUGUAAAUACUUUAAAAAAAAAAACAAAAAACAAACCAUAUAUAUAUAUAUAUAUAUAUAUAUAUAUAUUUAAGUAUAAACACAUUAUUUUUAUUUUUAUAAUUUUAUUGUAGAAUGCAAUUUUGAUAAUGGUCUUUGGAAAAGUUGUGGUUCAAGGACAUGUAUUUACAAAGAAUUUUUCCAAGAUGGGAAACUGAACUGUCCGUACAAAAGCUGUAAAGACGAAGGUAGUUGCCGUUCAGUUGUUACACUUAAUGGUAAGUAUUUAAAUAAAUUUCAAUAACUUAAAAUUUAAUUAUUAUUAUUAUUAUUUAAGGUAAUGGUGAUCGUUUUAACACGACUUUUGGAACUAAAAUCAUGGCUGGUACAGUUGCUGGUCUUCUUACUAUGUUUGUAGCUUUCAUUGCGUUUGUAUGGGUGUUCAGGAACUGUGGUACUUUAUUAUGUUGUUUAGGUCAUUCUAAUGGCCAUCCACAUUCUUCUGAAAUGCAAAGAGUACCAAACUUAGACACAGUGGCUGUUAUGCCUUCAGCUCCACCUGAUUCAGUAGUGAUUAGUACAGGGAUACAAAGUGCUGAUAAAGAUCUGCCACCUUCAUAUGAAUCUUUGUUCCCAAGUAAAUAACAACCAUUCAAUAUUGUAUGGACAUAAGAUUUGUUUUCAUUGUUUAUAUAUUAUUUUUGUUUUCAUUAUGUAAUUAUGUGAUGAAGUUAUAAUGAAUAUUUUUUUUUAAUAUUUCUAUUAGAACAAAUUAAACAAUUAUAUUUUUUUAUUUUAUUUUUUUUUUUUUUUUUUUUUUUUUAGUUUUGGAGAGAAACAUUUAAAAGACGUUUUAAAAAUAGGUGACUAAAACAAUUUUCAAUUCUUUUAGUGAUUUUAGUAUUGACAAUAUAAUUACAAGUUAUCAAUUUAAAAAUAAUUUCCAGUCAUUUAUUUUUAUUUAAAUUAAAGGCAUUUAAAUACUUCCUUAUUUUUUUCUUUAAUGUUAAAUAUUUAGAAUUUGCUUCAAAAUUCUUAUAGUUUGAAUUUAUCAUCACUUUUGUAUAUCAGUUAUUUAUUAUCAUACAGUAUUUUUUUUUUUUUUUUAUAUUGAAACUAUUUAUUAAUAUUAACUGGGUAUUUUUCAAUUCCAAAUUCUAAUUUAGAAUAUUCUUUUUGAAAUGUUGCAUUAGUGUUCGAUUCUAAGCCAAUAGUUUAUUAUUUAAAAUAAAAUAGUAUUAAUAUUUUUGUUUUUAAAAUACAAUUACCUACUAUUUAGUUAUAGAUAUUAGGUACACUAAACAUUCAAGAAAUUUUUCAAUAAUAGAACUUAAAAAAAGUUAAUAAAUCUGGUUUUUCAAUAUCAAAAAAUAAAAUAAAUUACAAAUUGUAUGCAUAGUAUAACAUUUUUAUAAUUUUAUCAUAUUAUUAAUAUGAUUAAAUAAAAUAUGUAAUUAAAUAUAGUUAAUUAAAAAAUCUAUUCUGUAAUUGACUGUGUAUAACCAUGAGUUUGAUGGAUAAGUGAACAAUUUUUUUUUUAGUUUUGUAAAGCACAAUUCUCGUAUUUUUAGGUUUUAUUCUGUAUAAUAUAAAUAUUUUAUAAUUCAAAAAUUAAUUAUUAUUUAUGUGCAAUGAUUAUAUUUUAUAUAUAUAUAUAUUUAUUUACAUAAUUUGUUUUACUAAAUAUCAUAAAAAUAUAAGAUUAAGUAUCGCACAAAUUUCAAAAUUAUUUUAAAUAUAUUUUUUCAUACAAUUGUUUUAAUAAACCGUAUGAGCUUUAUUCAAUUAAGUUAGCAAUAAAUUUCAGAACAAAUUUAUAUUUUUAUGAACAAUAAUUUUGUACUUAAUUUUGAGAUGGGUUUUCCAUAAUUCCACUGUCUGAAAAGUGUCUUAAAAAUAAAUUUUGUCAUGGUGAUACAUGUUUAUUUUUGUAUUAAAGAAUAAUAUUUUUAGAUUUGACAUUUUUUAAUAUAUUUAUUUGUUACUUGUAUUAACCAAACAGUAUUUCUAUACUAAUAAAAAUAAGUAAAUUAAUUUUAACAUGUCAGAAGGUGGUGUGUUUUAUAAAAAAUCUGAAAGACUACUUAUAGACUGAACAUCCAUUUUGGCAUCAUUAAUUUGAUAUUUAAAUUAUUUUCUUAUCACAGAUGUGUAAUAUAUUUUUAUAUACUACAUACAUACACAAAACUUAAUGCACAUUGUUGGGGAAAUAGAUAAAUGUAAAUUGUAUAUUUCAAGUGAUGAUCUGAUGAUUUUAAGUACAAAAGUUUUUUUAAGAAACAUUUUUCUUAAAAAACCUUAUGUUUUAUUGUAAUUUUACAAAACUAUUAUUCAUUUUUAUGUAAUUACUCACCCACCGUUGUAAUAUCAAUAUCUCUUUACUCUACAAGUUGUAAAAAAUGUAUAUUUUUGUAUUAAAUUAGUCAACAUCCACAAUGUUGUAUUAUAAGUAUAAGAUAUCUUUGGUACAUUAGUUUUUAAUUUUAUAAAAUUAUUGUCAUCCUUAGAUAAUAUAAUGCUUAAAUUUAAAGUCAAUUAUUAUUAUUUUGUUUUAUAUAUAAUUAUUUUAUUAUCAUACUAUUUAAUGUAUAAAACCCAUAUUUUGAACACUCUUGUAGUUCUUAUGUUUAUUAUUAUUCUAUUUUAUUUUAUCUAAGUAUCAAAGAUUAUUUAAGAAUGUUUUAAAUACUUACUAUUUUUAGAGAAUUUAAUUUAAAUUAUUUGUUUACAAAAUAAAAAAAAAAACACUUGUGUAUACAAAUAAUAUAUAAAUAAUUUACAUAGUAUGAAGUAUUUAUAAUAAUAAUAAUAAAAAAUCACUUAACACUAUUGUAAAUUGUAAUAUUGUGAUAAAAUAAAAUAUAUAUUAUUUAAUAUAACAUUUAAUAUACAACAUUAUUAUAAUUGUUUAAGAUUUUGUUUCUAUCGGCACUGUUAUGCCUUUAAAAACCAUUAUUGUAAAUCAAAACGAAAAUUUUAAAACCAAUUAAUAUAAUUGUUGCAUAUUUAAAAUUAUUUUUUGUAUGUGAAAUUAAAAAUAUAUACAUAAACAAACCAUUCAAAAUAUAAGAAAUAUAAUUUACUGUAUUAUAAAUUCUGUAACUUGUAUACAAUUUUUCUGUAUUAUAAACAAAAUUAAAGAACUCUGGGUUUUUUAAACAACAAAAAGUAUUGUGUAUUUUAUAAAUUAUAAUUUGUAUUGUAAUAUAAAAUUAUCAAAUGGUACCUCGAAGGAAAUUAAUGGGUGCAAUUAUCUUUAAUUUGUAAGAAGUAUCUUUUACAUCAUACAAUCAACUUUUGUCUGAUGAUAGAUGUUAUAAGUGUAUCACUAUCAAUUAUUUUUGCCUUGUCAUUAUUCCAUAUAGCCUUCCAUUGAUUGCGAUCCUGAUUACAUGUAACAAUUAUGUUUUUUUGGCCCAUUGAUUUUGGCCAAUUUACAACAUAAUUACCACCAGCACAUGUUAUAAUAACUGAAAACCAAAAUCAUAGUUGAACAUCAAUUCAUUUAAAUCUAAAAUAGAUGAUUCUAAUUACCUUUCAUAUCUUUAGGACCAGGUUUUACUGAAGGUGUUACCAAUACUGUGUAUCCCUUCAAAAGUUUAUUUGCCCUUGCUUUGGCAAGGGAUUCUUUUAACUGAAAAUUAUAUUUCCUUUCUGCGUCUUUGUCCACUGUUAUAAACUCCUCAAUUUCUAAGAAA